CCACUAUCAAAAAUGGCUGAAAAUGGUUCGAUUCCCCUACAACAUAGAAUAUUUCUAGCUUGUGUUCCGCGCUCGAUGUCGACAUCGCUGCUGAAAUGUCUGAGCGUGGUCGAUGAUGACCAUGUUGUGUGGUUUGAACCUUACAUAUCGUCUAAUUUUCCACUCAUCGAGUAUGAACGUUUGACGGGGAAGAAACUACCAGUCGACUACGAGGGGAACGAGAAAGAAUACGAAAAAGCUGCAGUUUUUAUCGAGAACCAGAAUGUUGAUAUUGAUGUUAAUGAUCUGUCUAAUCUUCCAGGCCCGUCGUGUGAUCCUAGAAUGCUCUCAUAUCCAGAGGUCAAGAAAUGUCUCGACAACGCAUCCAGCCGUCUCGUCAUCGUCAAAGACUUUGGCCUAGCCGUCGAUGGUUUCUACCAAUAUCUCCCCUCAGUCGAGUCCGGAUACAAAUACGUCUUCCUGAUACGUGAUCCGCUUCUGGCUGCGAUGUCCUACCGUCGAGCGGUGGUUGCCUUCAAUAAGAAGCAUGAGGGCCUGGUGGACGAUACCACUUUCGACCUAUCGGAGGACAAGUUCUAUCCUGGAGGAGGAGAGGCGUUUCGCAGACAACACGCGUUUUGGCGCCAUGUACAAGCGAAUAUUGAUCCAAACCCACUCGUCAUUGACUCAGACGAUCUUGUCUCGCACCCUGCGGCGUGCGUGAAGAAAAUCUGCGAGGUUACGGGAUUGGAAUACCGCGACGCGCUUCUCAAAUGGGAACCUGCAUCGUCGGGCAAGGAUUGGAUGAACUAUGCUAAUACGUCGAUGGGUCAACUUAUGAAGAGUGGACUUCUUUGCGACUUCCACACAAGAGCGAUGCAAAGCACGGGAUUUAUAGCGACAUCGAGAAAAAAGCCUGAUUAUUCAGAAGAGAUGUAUAACGGACAGAGAAUCACGCCAGAUGUACGCAGAGUUGUAGAGAAAGCAUUGAAAUACUAUCAAGAAAUGUAUGAAUGUAAAUUUACACCAAAUAUCUGAACUAUGAAGAGUGCAUGAUUGUUAAAAAGAUGGUUUCACAUCAUCGCUUCAACAGCAUCAGUAGGAUGGGAGGGCC